AUGGGGGAGGACGGAAAAGGAGGAGAAGACAGCGAGGGCGCACAACCUAAGGGCGGCACUCCCAGCGCCGCAGUUGAAUCUCCAUCGAUCGCCGGAUCUUGCGCCCAUCCUGAAGCGGAAAUGGCAAAUGAAAGGCGACUCAACAAGUCAGCAGCCCGCACGCCUCGACAUGGGAGUAGUAGCACGACGACCACUACCACUGCCGGCAGCAGUAAUAGCAGCAGCUCAGGCGGUAGCAGCAGCACCGUCAACGCGGCCAGCGGAGGGAAGAAGCAAAGCAGCAGGCAGUACCGGCUCCCACACCCACCGGUUCCUCACGCUCAGACUUCUCUGCUGCAGUCACAACGGGUACCCGCGUCCGUCGUCGCUUAUCCCUCAGCACGACAGGUUGGCUACGAGUCGCCACAGCUCAGCGACAGCCGGUACUACGCCUCUGGCGGCCGAGGAGGAGGCCUCGCCACAACGGCAACUACGACAACGGCGGCCGCGGGUGGUCUCGCCGCAACCGCCGCCGAAGCCACGGAUGGAUCGACCGAGGCGGCAGUCCCGUCGGCCGACCCGGAUGUCAUGGAGGCAAAGAAGGGACUGAACAAAUGGGGCGCAUUCGACUCGCUCAGCGGCUCCGGCACGGGCACGUUCGGCUUUGGACCCCUGCUGUUCCACCAUGUGGAUGAGACACCGCGGGACCCGUACGACACCACCAACAUGAUGCUCAACGACCCCAUCAGCUUCAAUCCCAUGAGCGCCAUCUCGUGGGCGAGGCUGGACGACAGCCCCGACAGCAUCGACGAGCUGGAGGACGACCUCUCUUCCACAGCGCGGCAGCCGGACAUGGCGAUCGCUGCAGCUGCAGCCGGGGCGAGCGGCAGCAGGCGAGACGGGAGCAGCAGCCGCGCGGGCUAUGUCGAGAGCCCGGCCAGCACGACGGCGAGCCCACGGCACGGCAGCGGGGCGUCGUAUGCCUCUGACGUCUCCGACUCCCGCACCUCGUCUGUGGCAGGGAGCAGCGUCGGGAACAUAUCUAGGACCUUCUCGGACACAAGUCUCGCACAAACAACGACAGACCUACUCCUCUGCCUGGGCCCGCACUGCAGCGCGCGCUUCCCCACCGAACAGGAGCUGGCCGCGCACUACCGCGCCGAGCAUGCCUUCACCUGCACCUGGACGUCGUGCUCCGCCGCCAGCUUCACCUCGAGCAACGCGCUGGCCUGGCACGUCAACGCCGAGCACCGCCUCAUGUGCCCUGUGCCCGGGUGCUGUGGCGCCACGUUCGGGAGCAAGAGGGCGCUCGACGGGCAUUUGAAGGGAGAGGUCGUGACAUCUUCGGGUUCGGCGCCAUCGGGGAGCUCAUCGGCGGCCACGCCACGAAAGCAUGCUCAGCAGCAGCAGCCACAGCCACAGCUACAGUCGCAACAGCAGCAGCCGCCUCCUCCUCAUCACCAUCAGCGCGCGCGUCGCCGGUCAAAGAGCCCGAGUUUCUCACCCGGCCAUCGGCCACCUCAGAGGACGCGACGCUAG